GUAAAAUGGAAAAUUUUAUAGACUUGACUUAACUUGAGCCUAUACCAUAUAAAAAUACGAUAGCUGUAUUGAAUGAAUACAUGCUUUAGAAUAUUGAUUUUUUAAACAAGUAAUAGGAAUAAUAACAAUAAUAAAAGAUUUGGACAUUUCAAUGAAAAUAAAUUAUUCGAAAUGGAAGUGGUUCUUGAUGAGAUUGAGUCUAAAGUAUUAUUAUUAGAAAAGAAACUGGAAUCAGUUCCUCCUGAUUUAUUUAAUGGUUUAGUAGUGCCUCCUCUUUAAUAUUAAUAACAAGUGGCACAACCAUAAUCUAUACAAUCUUAAAGUAAAUAAAUUUUGUAAUAUCAGAUGAUCAAAAUAAUGCAAUUCCUCCACCUCCACCUCCACCUCCUCCUCCAUAAAAUUAUUAAUAAGUAACUUAAAACCAAGAAACAUCUUAUGCAGCUGCUCCUCCACCUCCUUAAAUAGAAUAAUAAGUAUAAGAAUAAGAGCAAGUUUAAUAAGAAGAAUAAUAAGAAGAAGCAGUUGAAGAUGGUAUAAAUGCAUUAUAAUUAUUAUUUAGAAAGGAUGGAAAAAUAUAAAAAAUUACUCGCUUAUGGAGUACCUUCAUAAUAAUUAAAAUAAAAGAUGUAAAUGGAAGGUUUGGAUCCAAGUUUAUUAGAUAAGUAUAUCAAUUGA